UCUCUGUUUCUCCAAUUAGGUCUCUCCUGCGGUAAUAAAAAAAACAAAAGAAAAAGGCACAGGGAAAAAGCGAUGCCACCGAGGGUUGUGAAGAGAGGAGGAGGCGCCGCGAGAAGAGGCGGGAGGGUCACGAGAUCAGCUGUCAAGGCGCAGACUCCCCCGGUCGAAUCCGCCGCCGAUGACGAAUCUGUUAACAUCGCGGAGGUAUCUGUCUCCGACGCUGUAGAGACGCCCGAGGUGGACGAGGAAGAGAAUCGGUUGGAUGAUGAUUCUAAGCGAUUGGAUGAUUCCGAAGCUGCGGCGAAUCCGGAUAACGUUGUUACGCCUCAAAAGGAGACUGUCGAUGAUUUGGGAAAAGAUGAAAGAUUGGAUUUAGAUGACAAUGAGCCAGAGUAUGAUCCUGAUGAGUAUGGCGGAGAGGAGGAGUUUGAGGAGAGAGAGGAUCAUCAGUUGGUUAAUCAGGAGGAGCUGGAGGAGGAUGAACUGGAGGAGGAGUUUGAGGCCGAGGUAGAAGGUGAGGAGAUUGGAGAUGGUCUGGAGGAGCCUGAGAGCGAAGGAGGUGGUGAUGACGAUGAAGAAGUCAAGCUCGGAGAAGCUGUUGAUGUGGAAGGGGAAGAGCAUCAUGACGUUCUGGACGAUAGACGUAAGCGUAAGGAGUUUGAGAUAUUCGUUGGGAGCUUGGACAAAGGUGCUACUGAGGAGGACUUGAAGAAAGUGUUUGGUCACGUGGGGGAGGUGACUGAGGUUAGGAUUGUGAAGAAUCCACAGACGAAGAAGAGCAAGGGUUUUGCUUUCCUUCGUUUUGCAACUGUGGAACAGGCAAAACGAGCUGUGAAGGAUCUUAAAAACCCAAUGAUCAAUGGUAAAAAGUGUGGUGUAACUGCCAGCCUAGAUAAUGAUACCCUCUUCAUUGCUAACAUAUGCAAGACAUGGAACCUAGAAGCUCUAAGGGAGAAGCUGAAACACUAUGGAGUUGAGAAUAUGGAUGAGAUAACUUUGGUAGAGGACAGCAACAAUGCCAACAUGAAUCGAGGGUAUGCCUUUUUGGAAUUCUCAUCUCGCUCAGAUGCCACGGAUGCUCACAAACGCCUCAUAAGGAAGGAAGUGGUGUUUGGACUUGAAAAGCCUGCGAAGGUUUCUUUUGCAGAUUCCUUCUUAGAUCCGGAAGAUGAGAUAAUGGCGCAGGUUAAGACUAUCUUCAUUGAUGGUCUGUCAACUUCGUGGAGUGAAGAGCAUGUUAGAGAUCUUUUGAAAAGAUAUGGUAAACUUGAAAGAAUUGAGCUUGCACGCAAUAUGCCAUCAGCCAGGAGGAAAGAUUUUGGCUUUGUAACUUUCGAUACUCAUGAGGCUGCUGUGGCUUGUGCCAAAUCCAUCAACAACUCAGAGCUAGGCGAAGGAGAGGACAAGGCAAAAGUGAGGGCACGCUUAUCUAGACCACUUCAGAGAGGAGGCAAAGGUAGACAGCCCAGUCGCUCAGACCACCGGUCUAGGCAUGGGAGUAGACGAUCUGGAAGGAGUUCACUGGCUCGUCUGCCACCUCGUAGCUCUAGAGCCGUUGGACCUAGGGCCCCACCUCCUAGUGCAAAGAGAGCUAGUGGAUCAAGAGGAAGACGUCCACGACCACCUCUACCUCCACCUGCAAGAGCUAGGCCCGCUAGGCCCUUGCCACCACCUGCAAGAUCUAGGCCCUUACCACCACCUGCAAGAUCUAGGCCCUUGCCACCACCUGCUAGGUCAUAUGACAGAAGACCUCCAGUUCCUCCGUAUCCAAAGGCUAGCAUGAAGAGGGACUAUGGUCGGCGUGAGGAUCUGCUUCCUCCAAGAAGCAGACCAGCUGUGAGCUAUAGUAGCUCCAGGCUUUCUCCUGAGAGGCAUCUGUCUUACAGAGAUGAUUAUGCACCUCGUGAUUCUGGUUAUUCAGAUAUUCCUAGAGGUUCUUCUCGCUUAGAAACGAGGAGGCCGUACGUGGAUGACCUUUACGCUCCGAGAUAUGAAAGACCUCCUCCAAGUUACAGUGAAGGGAGAUCUCGUGCUUAUGAUGAACCUCUUCCUGGCUCAAAGCGACCAUAUGCUGCAUUGGAUGACAUUCCUCCUCGUUAUGUUGACGUCGAUGCUCGUCAUUCAAGAGCUCGUCUGGACUAUGAUCUUGGCCCAUCUCAAUAUGGGGAAUCGUAUGGUGACCGGAUUCCUAGAUCUAGUCUAGGAUAUGGAAGCAGCCGAAGUGCAAUGCCGAGUCAUGACUCGCGUGGUCCAUAUAGCAGCAGUCGUCAGGGAAUGGAGUAUGGAGGAGGUUCGUAUAGUAGCAGCGAUGUAGGAGGAGGAAUGUACUCAUCAAGCUAUGGUAGUGACAUACCACCACCCAGAAGAGAUGGAGGAGGUAGCUCGUAUUCUUCAGUGUACUCAAGUCGUGGAUUGGGUGGUAGUAGUUACUCAGGUGGUGGUGGUGGUCCAGGAUCAUACUACUGAAAGUGAGUUAGUGUGGAACAGGUUUCGCCAGGAAGGUGGUUUGGCUCUGCAAAGUUAUUCAGCAGAUAAGCAAUUGGUUGCAAAGUUAUAAGCAUGGGCGAGAGACUGUUGGAAUAGAGAGACAAGUAAUAAUGGGAUAUCAUGAAUUGGUUCUUUGUUUUAAGUGGCUUGCAUCUUCAACUGCAUUUGUAUUUGAAUCUGUUUUAGAUGGUUUGACAAGCUUCUUUUAUUAUAUAAAAGAUGUUUCCUUUAUUUUUUUAUAAAGUAUAAAACUCUAUUUGAUAUAUUCAUAUUUUAUUAUUAUGAAGUUUAUCUUUCCAUCA